AAUAAUCAGCUGAUCAUCUACUACGCAACGCGGAUAACAUCAUAGAUUAAAAACUAUUACCAUCGUACGGUAAUAUCAUGUGCCUUUAGCGCGACUGGAAUCUGGAAUUACUAUCUAGGCUGUUUAGCACGUAUAGCUCGAUCAAUUGUUAAGUUCGAGGUUAUGUGACGAUUAUCUGUUAUUAACAUCGAUGAAAAACAAUAGUGGAUUUUUCAGUGAUUUUUCAUGAUUAUAAAAAAAUUAUACGAGCAACAUUAAAAUGUCGUCGUGGAAAAAAGCCGCGAAGGCGAGUCAGAAAACCCAUCGGGAACGUCAUCAGCCCGAAGUUCGUAAACAUCUCGGACUGCUGGAGAAGAAGAAAGACUAUAUUUUGAGAGCCAGGGAUUUCCAAGAAAAGCAGGCGACGCUCAAGCUUCUGCGAAAACGCGCACUAAACAAAAAUCCAGAUGAAUUUCAUUUUCAUAUGAUUAACUCUCAAUUAGUGAAUGGUGUUCAUAGAGAGAAGGACAAGGAAGAUCAGCACACAUCUGAACAGAUAAAGUUGAUGGAAACACAGGAUCUCAGAUAUGUAGCAUAUAAGAGAAAUAUUGAAGCGAAGAAGAUAGACAAGCUACAGAGUCAGUUACAUAUGAUUGACGCUGCUAAUGAAAUGCAGAAUCAACACAUUUUCUUUGUAGAAGACAAUACUGAGAUGAAGAAUUUUGAUGUUGCCAAGAAGCUAGACACACAUCCGGCACUUCUGUCCAGACGUACCAAUCGACCAAAGCUAAGCGCGAUUAAAGACAUGAAGCUGCCGGAAUUAGAUAACAAAACUAUUUCUAAAAUUGAGCAGAAAAAGCACAUGGCUUAUAAAGAACUCGAAAAGAGGAUUCACAGAGGACGCGAAUUGACAGUCGUAGAGCAGAAGUUGGAAGUGCGCAGAGCGUUGAAGGAUAAAAAGAUCAAAAAGCCAAAAUUAGUGAAACCUGGUUCGAAGGAUGCCGCUCCUAUUUAUAAGUGGAAGUUUGAAAGAAAACGAUGACUUGUUUUUAUUACAGAGAGUUUGUUGUAAUGAAUUGAAGUGUAUUAUAAUUUUAUAUUAGCGCUGUAUAAUUAUGAAUUGUUCAUUGAAAGUUUGCAUUUGGCGAUUUAUAGAUAUACAAUUCUCGUUGUUUUUUUGAUGUCGAUUUCUUAAUAUACUGCAUAUUUACGA